UUUUCUAAAUCUCUAGUCAUUGGAGAUAUAAAUUUGAAAAUGAAAGAAAAAUUAUGAAUAGUAAUUUAUUUCCUCUAAUCUAUAAGUAGCACUUUUUGCCCUUUCUAAUACCAAGAUCAUAAAACCUCCCCACGCUAGCUAGAUAUACAUCAUGGGUGUCUUCACUUACAGUGAUGAGUACACUUCUCCAGUCCCUCCUGCAAGACUGUUUAAAGCUUUGAUUCUUGACUCCAACAACCUCAUCCCAAAACUCAUGCCACAGAUUGUUAAAAGCAUUGAAUUUGUCCAAGGUGAUGGAGGUGUUGGCAGCAUCAAGCAGAUCAAUUUUCAAGAAGGUCACCAAUUGAAGUAUGUCAAGAACCGAAUUGAUGCAAUUGAUCCAGAGAAUUGGUCAUACACAUACAGCUUGGUUGAAGGUGAUGGAUUGUUGGAUAAGCUUGAAAGUGUUGUGUAUCAGGUACAAUUCUUGCCAGGUCAAGAUGGUGGCAGCAUAAACAAAAUGAAGAGUACUUAUAAUACAAAGGGCGAUAUUGUGCUUGGUGAAGAGCAAGUCAAGGCUGGCAAAGAAAAGGCACUGGGAAUGUACAAAGUUGUAGAAGGCUAUCUCCUGCAAAAUCCUGAUGCUUAUGCUUAAUUAUAUUUCCACUGUAAUUUGCUUUGGUCCGGCUAUUUUCAUCCUUGACUCUGUUAAACAAGGAUUUCUCCCACUUGUGCUUCUAUGUUGAUUGUAUAAUGUUUCUUCCUUGUGAGAUGUUUACGGUUUCCUUAAUUUCAAAUAUUUAUUUUAACCUUCUUGAAUUUGGAUAAA